UCUUAAUAUGCUGGAAGAUGAAGAAGCUGUGAAUAUUCUGAAGUAAUUAAUAGCCAAAGGAUAAGCCAGUGUUUUGCUUGAUUUAUUCAGUGAUUUGAUUUGGAUAUUUUCCACAGUUCCGUUCGAUUUCCACUUCUUCGAAGUGUUUGUGUCAAAAUUCGUGAAGGUUCAACUCAGGUAUGCAAUUUCUUCUAUGAAAUUUUGACUGCUUGGGAGUUGUUCGGAAGUUAUGAUCUGAAGCGUGUCAUUAUUUCAAUCUUGCAUACAAGUUCAUCGGCGGAAAUUCAUUCUAUCUGUUCGAUGACAUGCAUAAAUGCCAUAGGAAUGCACGUUCGUAGGAAAAACGAGUUCAAUAGCCAUUUCAUCCAUUGUUUAACCUCACACGGUUGGAUUAUUGUCUUGUUCGGUGCUCAUGUUUCUUUUCAUGCUUGAUCCGAUAGUUAUGAUAUGAUAAUCCAAUCUAAACUUGUCUCGUUGAAGCCUUUUUGUAGUCUGUCAUUGCUCGAAUCGAUAUGAAAACGAGUCUCAUAGCUUGCAGAUUUUUCUGAACAGAAUUGGGUGUCCAAAUUGUUGUUUGCCUAUUCAGUUUUGCUCUGAUUUCUCUCUGUUUUUAUCCCUUUCCACUUUUGUAUUGUGAAUACUUGUAAUGGCUUUGGUCAUCUAUAUGUGAUGACUGGCAAUUGAUGAUGGAAAUUUUGUGGUGGCCGGAGACCCAGAGUAAAACAUGUGUACGAUGUUCUGAGUAUGCAGUGCACGUAUAUGAUUGUGGCGUAUGUGAGCUCCGUUGUUCAAUUCAUCCGCUGCGUUAACGCUGAGCAGCUUCGAUAUGGCGGUGAAGUUUCUGGAUUGGUAUGUGAAGAUCGCGGUCUUUUCAGCUCUCAUCGGAGGCUCCAUGGAGUUGUUCAUGAUCAAGACCGGCUUCUACGAUAAAGUGACUGUAUUGGAGUCCGAGAAGCGGGCUUGGGAAAAUUCCCCAGAAGCUCAGGCUAUGAGAGAAGCUCUUAAUCCUUGGAGAAAUCAUGAUGCAGAAGCAAAAAAGAAUUCGUAGUGCUGCCAUUGUUGAGUUAUUCCUGG